AUGAGUGCGACACAAGACGACCCUGUGACGCUGUCAUUGGACAUUCUUCGACGACUUCCUCCUGCUCAUGUGAAAGAGAAUGUCGAGAAGCUUAUGAAAGUAAUGCCCAAUGAGGCGGAUGAUCUUGCAUCUAGCGUAGACCAACCCUUGACACUACAGGUGGACGACUCGAAAGAAGGCGCAGGUCGUGAGUUCCUGUGCUGCGACUACAAUCGUGAUGGUGCCAGCUGGCGCAGUUGGUACAGCAAUCAAUACUUCCCUCCUAUCACUACAGAAGAAGGUGAGGAUGCACCAAUUGUGCCCACAGGAGCACUACGAGAAUUGGAACUACAUGCAAAUGAUGCCUUCGAGACAUACCGGAAAUUGUAUUAUGAAACAGGAUAUACCAGCACAUACCUAUGGGACAUGGAUUCAGCCUCGUCCGAGAGCCUGCCCACCAAUUUUGCCGGGGUGGUGCUUUUCAAAAAAGAUUUAGACACCCCUAUUGAGGAGGGGAAACCGGCCACACUGGGCACAUGGGACUCUAUUCAUGUGUUUGAGGUAUCCAGUACUCGCGACACGGUCACAGGAUCAUCGUCAGCUCGCUACAAAAUAUCUAGUUCUGUGAUGCUAUCACUCCAACGAACUGACACUAACAACGUUGGCCUAGUGGAUCUGGGCGGCAGCUUGACCCGACAAACGCAAGACACGUGCAAAGUGGAAGAUGCGUCUAGCCAUAUCAGUAACCUAGGCCGUAUAAUUGAGGAUAUUGAGGGCAAGAUACGCAACCAAUUGCAAGAAAUCUACUUUGGAAAGAUGGAGGACAUUGUCAACCACCUGCGGAGCACGGACGAUCUGGAGGCCAGUCGAAACGCCAAAAAGCUGCAAGAAGAGCUUGUUGCAGGUUGGGAACGGGCGUAA